AUGACGAAACUUCUCCGGUAUAAGAAUUUGAAGGAAUAUUCCUCAAAUUUUUUUAAAUCUCAGAAGGCGGCAAGAAAAAGAAAAAUGCAGCGGUUGAACCCGAAAAGAUUGCAUCUCCGCAGGAAAAAAAGAGAAUUCAUCAGGUUUGUUUGAAAAUAUUUAAAAAAAUUUAAUGAGAAAUUUUUUUCAGAGGCAGAAGAAGAUGAUCCAGUUGUCACUAUUAGCGAAGUCCUCCAAGGAAUAAAAGAGGUCGACGAAGUCGCGAAAGGGCUUUUCGGGGCGCAAAAUCAGGCAAUAUGCACGUUCCCUGAGGUUUUCCUUGAGUCUUUCUUAUUCAUUUUUUUUUUAAUAUUUUCAGGGCUACAAACCGAGACAGGCGGUUUUCGCUUGUCUUACUUGCACGCCAGAACCCAAAAAAGCUGGAAUUUGCUAUGGAUGUUCUUUGAACUGCCACGAAGGACAUGAAAUUGUCGAUUUGUACACGAAGCGAAAGUUUAGGUUUGUUUUUGCCAAGAAAUGGUUUUAAAGCUUGUUUGUUUGUAGAUGUGACUGUGGAAAUGAAAAAUUCGACUCCGAAUGCAAACUCUAUGAGGUAGAAACUUUUUCCAGUUUUUUACUAGGAUAAUUUUCCAGGAGAAAGACAAGAACAAUGAAUACAACAAGUACGACCACAACUACAUUGGCCUUUUCUGCACCUGCAAUAACACGUACCCAUGUGAUGGGAUUGACGAGGAAAUGCUCCAAUGCGUCACUUGCGAAGAUUGGUUCCAUCCUUCGGUAUUCCUUCAUUCACAUAUUUCCAAAAAAACACAUAAAUUUUUAGCAUAUCAAUUGUGAAGCGCCCAAGGAUAAGGACAUCGACUGUUGUUCAUUGGUUAGUGCAAAAAAGUUGAUUUGAAGGCGUUUUCUAGCUUUAUAUUGACUCUAAAACUUGUGGCUAAAGUUUCACAUUUUUCUCGCCAUUUUAUUAUAGAUUUUGUGUGCCUUAUCGUGGUCUUCUCUGAAGCAUAGUUUUUGUGCAUAGCAAAUUAUGAGCCGCUUGUCACGAUUUCAUUCGUCCGACCUAAAUAGCCCUUUUCUUCGAAGCGCGGCCUGUCUCUAUACAUGCGCCUUUAAAAUAACCAAACUCUCAAGUCUGAAUAAAAGACGCAGGACAGAGACAGGCCUGAACCAAUUACCGUUGAAUUCGCAAUAAAAAACCUUUAUAAGAUGGCUUUCUCAUCUCAUUCCUGUUUCAAUAACCAUGCGCCUUCGAAGGAAAUUUAUUCAGGUCUGCACUGGCUGCUUGGAAAAGUACCCGUUCUUCGAGAAAUUGCGCGAUACAACUGGAACUGUCUGUUUUUCGAAUAGAGAAGAAAGCGUGAAAACCUCUGAAGGAGACGUUAGACGGGCCUUGAUCGUCGAAGCUUUUCUGCAAUCCCUCUGCAAAUGCGCUGCUUGUACUGUAAGAUUAUAUGAAACUUUCCUGAUCUGUAUAAUUAUUUCCCAGACUCUUUAUGAGAGAUUCGAAUGUGAAUUUUUGUUGGAUCCCGAAGACGAUUUGGCCAGCUAUGAGCAGGAGAACGUGAAAAAGGCAAACGAAAUUGAAGAGAAUUCGAGGGAAGGCGACGACGUUCGUCUACUCGUUCGUGAGGUCGGCAUGGACAAGGCUAUCCGCUACUUGGAAGGUUCGUUCAAAAAAACUCAGUAAAUUGCUAAAUAAAUGGCGUUUGUGGAUUGAUUUCAAUGGAUAGUAAGAACUUUCAAGGUUUCAUGAUCUUUAAUUUUAUGACUUGGGCUCUUUGAGCUUUACUUUUGUCAUUGAUAAGCGAUUUAGAUUGGUUAAACUGUAUUUUCACUCGAGUUUCCGAUUCAGCGAAUUUUUUUUUCUGUGGUCGCUUCAAUCUCAUUAUUUUGAUUUAACGCUUAUUUUCUACUUUUUUUUUUUGACCAAACCCAUCAAAAAGUUUCUUCCAGGGAAUUUAAGGGCUAGAAGUCUUUUAUGACCUUAAAAUAGCGAUGGAAACGGCUUUUGUCUCCAGCAUUUUUUUUUUUGAAGUUCAGUCCUUCAAUAAUCAAGGGAAUUUAUUUGAACAGUCUGAACUUUAAACUCACUGAAUAAGUGGCCAAAAAUAGUUUUUUUUUUUCGAAAGAUUUUUCACAAAUUGUGUCACAAGCUAGCGAUGAGAAGCGUAUCAAUUUCAAUUUUGGCCUUUUCUAGGUGUAAAUGACCUGAAGCGGAAGAUGACCGACUGGCUGAGCUCGAUGGACGGCGCCGUCGUCCACGAGUCCGACGUCAAGUCGUUCUUCGGCCGUCUCAAGGAGGAGAACGAGGCGAAACGGGCUCGAAUCGAAUAA